GCCUCCUCCUCCAGGCUGCAGCCGGGGAUGGUCGCAGGAAUCGGGAUACAGUCAGCUGUGAGUGGACCCCACGAGCACCGACAGGAGCAGAGCCCGGCCGGGAGGUCCUGACCCGGAGCUUCACACGGUACAUUCACCUGCUGACAUGGACUAACAGGAGCGGAGACAGUCAGCUUCAAGCCCGGGCCCCUCCCCCCCCUGCGGAGGCCAGGCGGCUUCAUGGCGACCCGGCUGCUGGACCGUCUGAAGCGCUCGUUGUUUAAAGAUGGUCAGGGAGCGGGACCUGAGCACGAAGCAGGAGGCGGACAGGAAGAGGAGGAGUUUAAAGAGGAGAGCUGGGAGGCGGAGCUGGAGGAGGAGGAGGAGUGUGUGACUGAUCGGCUCGGGGGGACGCUGUGCUUCGACAGCGCCGGAGGAGGAGCCGAGGACGGAGCCGAGGGGUCGGGGCCGGACAGUGACUCCGACUUCCUGGGAGAGUCGAUGGAGGAGGGGCUCAGCAGCACAGACACCAGUCCCGUGGGCGUGUCUCCGGUAGCCCCCUCCCCCUCCUCCUCCUCCUCCUCCUCCCUGCUGACUCGGCAGCUUCAGGAGAGCUGGAGGAGCCUGCGUGGACUCGGAGGAGGAAGCCCCGCCCCCGCUGGGAGGCGGCUGACGGACAACUUGUUGUUUGAGGUGACGGACGCCAGCGUGGUGCAGGACAGCUCCUCUAAAUAUGUGCUGUACACCAUCCAUGUGAUCCAGUCUGGCGGCAGCGAUAAGACGCCAGCCAUCAUCACACGCAGAUACUCCGACUUCCAGCGGCUCCACGCCACGCUGCGCCGUAACCACGGAGUCCAGAUGGAGCGUGUCUGUUUCCCACGAAAGAAGCUGCGUAAGAACUUCACCGCGGAGACGAUCGCCAAGCGGAGCCGGGCCUUUGAACAGUAUCUGUCUCACCUGUGUUCCCUGUCUGCCCUGCAGGGGGCGCUGUGUGUCCGACAGUUCUUCUACCUGACUGACCUGCAGACCGGACAGGUGCUCAUCAGGGUGGGACGUUACCAGGAUGCCUUGGGGCCGCUGCUCAAUGCCAAGAGGCUGCAACACAAACUGGGCUGGGAAUGUUAUUAUGACAACCAGGCUCAGGCCCCGCCUCCGGCCUCCUCCCAUUGGUUCUUCACCCUGGUGGGGCUGUCGUGGUGUUUCCAGGAAGUGGACCAGCUGGAGGAGGCGCGUGAUCACUGUGACCACGCCCUUCGUGUUCUGACCCCGGCCGAGACUCAGGCCGACACAGCAGAGGAGAGGCCCCUUCCACGCGAGGAUAAACCCGUGUCGCAGCCGCAUGUCGACAGGCCACACCCCCUCCUGAUGCCGCUGCUGCGGGUGGUGGUUCGGCUGUCGUGGCAGACGGGGAGAGACAAGCGGCAUUGGGAAGAGCUUCUGCACCAGCUGGAGGAGCGGUGGGUGGGGCUAGACAAUCAGCCGACCAUCAAAGAGUUUCUAGUCAAACACAACCUGGAGGAGAGCGAGGGGGAGGGCUAGGACACACACACACACACACACACACACACACACACACACACACACACACACACACACACACACAGCAGAGUUCAAUCACUACAACAGGAAGGCUGCAGAAAAAACAUCUGCGCUUCCGAGAAUAAAGUUUAAAUAUUUGGGAAAAAGUUGUCAUUUCAAGAAAAAAGACGAGAAGAGCUUAAGUCCCUCCCACUUCUGCUUCCGCCCAAUGGGAAUGUACGGUAGCUUCAGUAGCAUUAACUUCAGUCAUUGAGAGAAACGGGGACUUUUGGUGUUUGUGGUCUUUCUAAUUUUCACAGUCUUCAACAGUUUUACGACAAACUUUCUUGACAUAUAUUCUCUUUUAAACUGACAAACAUCGUGUGUGUAAUUCAGGACACAAUUCAAACUGGAUAAAAAUUCAGUUGGCUCUCAACGUAAAUCUUUUUCCCCAAAAUAAGGUCCCAUGUUGGUCCAACGGAAGGGGAGGGACUUACGCUCUCUAUAGUAUUACUACAGGUCAAAAUCUUCAGAGUGCCUGUUAAAAGACUUCCCGCAGCUACAGGUCGCACAGUAAUAUUCAGUUCACGCCUCUACAGUUUAUCACAGAGUAAAGGAAUUAAUGCACAACUUUCCAAAUCCACCUUUAGGAUCGUCUCUUUGGCACUUUUCAGGAUUAUUUCCUGGAUAUGCGAUGCUGUGGUUAACAUUUCAGUUUAGAUUUGAGGGAACAAAAUCAUUUUAUUGCACUUUUUUAAUCAUAAAUGUGUAUUGGAUGUUUGUAACAUACAGCAGGCGAUUUAAAUGCAAGCUUUGUCAGUAUGUAAUAAUCCGCUGUUAAAACAGAGAAUUAAAUCAUCUCUAAAUCUUUUAUCAGCUGGAAUCACAAAAGCACUGAUUGAGCUUUUCUCCUCCUGCACGGGUCAGCUGACAGACAUGUGUCUGACUCGAUCAUUAGGUUCGUGUUUUCAGGGGAAAAUAAUGAUAAAUGCUUGUUUUGUUUUGUUUUUUACAUGGAUUGGAUGACUAGAUAAAGGGAUUAAAAUAGAUCUGAGGACUUAAUUUCACUUAAAUUUACAUAAGCAAAGUCAAAAUGUCAUUUUGAAGCUGGUUUUCUGACUCUUCUUAGCGGAAGAACAGACUUACUCCUGGUUUAAAACAAGUGAUUUAAAUAAGGGACGAAACAUUAACACAUAAGGGAAAUUAUAAAGCGAGGCAUUGGACAGACAUUAUAGACUAUGCACAUGUACAGAUUUAUGCAUUAACCCUGUGAUCACUUCAUAGUAAGCUGCUGACCGGAGGACAUAACCCCAUAUUUUAGUUUAGUUGACAUCUAAACUCUGCAUUUAUUAAUUUAAAGGCUUUUUUUUUUUUUUACCUGGAAAAAGGUAAAAUAAGGCUCGUACGACAGGUCUGGUGCCUCAGAAGUGCCUCAGAAGAACAAAUCUGUUCAAGCAUUAAUUAAUAUUCCUGGUAGUUUGGACACAGAUGGAAAACAACAAAUAUUUUUAGCAGUUAAAGGAAUCUAAUGAGUAUUGCUGUCAUUUCAAUGCUGUGGCUUAUUCCUACAACAAUUUCUCCUCAAUCGUUCGUAAGUGCCACUGAAGAAUGAAUAGUUUGUUCAAGUGUUUCUUGCACGAAGCCCAUUAUAUUCCCAAAAGUAGUUUGGACGUAAAGAAACAACAAAUAUUUGAGCGGAUAAAUUAAUCUGAUGUGGUUCAGACCCGCAAACUGAAUGUAAAAUCCAGCUUUGGCUUGUUUCUGCAUGUGUUUUUAUUUCAAUGCUGCACAAUUGUGAAAUCCUUAGUAACUCUUGGUGUUUUUACGUGGACUAAAGGUCAAACUCUGAGGGGCCUUUAGGGACAUUAUUCACAAUUAACCUGCAUUUACAUGUACUUUUCCUCACAUACAUAUAUGAAGCCAGACUCAUUCACAUAUUGUACCGUGUUGUGUAUGUGAGAGGAAAAAUACAUGUGCAUUGUAAUUCUGAAUAAUUUCCCCAACAGCCCCUCAUAUAAAACGGUCACUCGUUAUUUUAUAUUUCAUAUGCAUGGUAAUUAUUACCAAUGUCCCGAACGGCUCCUCACACGAAUGGGUCGCUUUUCAUUUCAUAUUUUAGAUGCAUGGUAAUUAAAAAUAAUGCCCAUAACUGCCCCUCAUAUUAAAUGGUCACUUUUCUUUUCAUAUGCAUGGUAGUUAUAAAUAAUUUCUGUAACUGCCCCUCAUAUUAAACGGUCACUUUUCUUUUCAUAUUUCAUAUGCAUGGUAAUUAAAAAUAAUGCCCAUAACUGCCCCUCAUAUUAAAUGGUCACUUUUCUUUUCAUAUGCAUGGUAGUUAUAAAUAAUUUCUGUAACUGCCCCUCAUAUUAAAUGGUCACUUUUCUUUUCAUAUGCAUGGUAGUUAUAAAUAAUUUCUGUAACUGCCCCUCAUAUUAAAUGGUCACUUUUCUUUUCAUAUGCAUGGUAGUUAUAAAUAAUUUCUGUAACAGCCCCUCAUAUUAAACGGUCACUUUUCUUUUCAUAUUUCAUAUGCAUGGUAAUUAAAAAUAAUGCCCAUAACUGCCCCUCAUAUUAAAUGGUCACUUUUCUUUUCAUAUGCAUGGUAGUUAUAAAUAAUUUCUGUAACGGCCCCUCAUAUUAAAUGGUCACUUUUCUUUUCAUAUGCAUGGUAGUUAUAAAUAAUUUCUGUAACUGCUCCUCAUAUUAAAUGGUCACUUUUCUUUUCAUAUUUCAGGUGUGUGGUAAUUAUAAAUAAUGUCCCUAUCAGCGGACAAACUGUCACUUUUCAUGUGCACUAAAUUUCUUCAGACUCAUUUGAAUUGACGUAAUGUAACGCACACAUCUCCAGUUCACAUGAUGUGAUGUACAGCAUGUGAGGGGGUUUUGUUGUUUUAGUUUUUUUGCGUUUGUUGUGUUUCAGUCGGAGAAGUUUGUGUGUUCGGCUGCAUUUCCACUGAAACCCAAACAGAAUUUAAAACUGCAGUUUACAACAAGCAGCUCUUAUCUGUCAAAGGGUCACCGGUGGAGAUGCAGCCUGUGUGGAGUAUUUAAAAUGUGGAUCGAACUGUAGCGGCGAUACUGCUUCAUAGAGCUUUAUACAAGUAUAUUUUAUGGAAUAAAUUUGUUACAAAUUUUGGA